CAUCUAACGAUCUGUUGUAAUUUCAAUAUAUUUCCCGAAGUUAAAUUUUUUCUUACAUAAGAAUUCACCUUUGAGCAUUGUUAAUUUUAGCAUAUGUUGUCUAUCGAAACAUAAUAUUACUUUCGAGUAUAAAACAGGGUCAUUCACAUUGACGAAUAAAAUGAAUAGCAGCUAGAUAAAGUGCAUAUUUUCAUCUCUGUGUACCUGUUGCAGUUUAUAGUCUCGCUGGAUACGUUUGCGUUGCGUUUAUUUGACCAAAAAACAGGAAAAUCUUAGCUGAACAUGCCACCAACCAGAAACAUUGUCAAUGAAUUUGUGGGUGAUUGGGGUCGAUGGCAGUUUCGAGCUGUGAUACUAAUUUAUUUAUGUAAAAUACCAUCGGCAUGGUUCAUGGCCUGCGUACUAUUUACGGCACCAACACCGAACCCAGGAGAGUUUUAUUGUCAUCAGCCGGAAAACAAUUUACCUUCCGAUGGAGUCUUCAUUCACAAAACACAUCGACCCAUGACACUCCAGAAGGACUUGUAUGACAUGGACUUUUGUCAUACAUAUAAUCGCACACACAAUGGAGAAUUUGAAGAAGAUGUUCUCGUUCCAUGCACAUCCUUUCACUUCGACUCUGUGUUCGAAACAGCGGUCACCAAGUUUAGCUUAGUUUGCUCGAGAUCAAUUUUAAUAUCGGUCGCACAGUUGUCCCAUUUGUUUGGCGUUUUGACUGGAGGAAUAUUAGCGAAUAUUAUAAUGGAAACUAUGAGUCCGAGAAAACUUUUAUUGUGCGGUAUGUGGACUCAAAUUAUCGCCGGAUGCUUGGCCAGUUAUGUGCCUCACAAUUACAUACAUCUGAUGAUAUUACGAUAUUUAGCAGCAGUCUGUUGCUCUCAAAUGUACACAGCUGGGCAAGUAAUCUUCACAGAUAUUACAGGAGGUAUACACAGAAGUGUUGCAAUUUGCCUCUUUGAAAGUUUCUGGUCCAUCGGAGUGAUACUUCUACCUUUGAUCGCCUACAUCGAUCCCAAUUGGUCGAGCAUAUUCUUUAUGAUCUCACUGCCAACGCUUUUAUAUAUUCCGUUAUGGUUUCUGAUACCCGAUUCGCCAACAUGGUACCUGAAGAAACAUCAAGUGGACAAAGCCGAAGACAUUAUCCGAGAAGGGGUCCAAACAAACAACACACAACACUUGUUACCGAAUGAUUUGCGGCAACGUUUACUGGAUCAAAUGGCAUCGAAUUCGAAGGAACCACUGGUCACGGAAUGGUGUUCAUUGUGGAAGGGACGUCGAACUGUAUUGCAUUUGGUAGCAUUACAUAUAGCUUGGUGUGUAUGUGUUACAAAUUACAACGGGUUGCUGUUGAAUGUCAAAGCGUUUGGUAGAGACUACCUAUCGGAGAAUACGAUUGCUCUUGGAGUGAGUGAAAUUAUUGGUGUAUUUAUUGGCCUGAUAUUGAUAUUGACAACGGAGAAAAAAUGGCGAUACGCUGGUAUCAUCAACAUAUUUGCUGGUCUAGUUGCUUCGUUAGGAUUUUUUCUUCCCAAUUCACAUUUAAUUUCCGAUAAGUCGAAGAAUCGUUGGCUGAUCCUAACAGCAGUCAUACCGAAAAUAGCUGUUUCCUGUUCUCAAUCGAUUUUAUUCACAUGCACCGCCGAAUUGGUUUCAGCAGAAAAGCGAAAAAUCUUAAUAUUUUCAUGUGUUGUAUGGGCACGAAUGUGUUUGCUGACAGCACCAUUUAUUGGCGCUUUAAGUGCUGUUCAUCAAGUGUUGUCUUUGAGUGUAUUUGGAAUUUUGAAUAUUUUUGGAGGCUUUGCUAUGUCGAUAUUAUCGUCACCCAAGACACUGGAUAGGAAGGGGAAUGAACAUGAAUCGGAUUUACCGGACAUUAAUGUUUCUGGCAGGAUUUUUAGUAUUGAAUUGAGAAAUACAUCAGAUUGUACGUCUAUUAAAUCCACAAUCUAGUUUUACCGUAAAUAAAUUAUUGACUGACGACACGAAGCA